AUGAGCGGCGGCACCCACCGCGCCGACGAGCGGCGCUUCCUCGACGAGCGGGGCUCGAACGUGCCCCUCGCGCCCAACGGGCUCAACCCGGCGACGAUCAUGGAGAAGGCGGUGCGCGAGCGCAUCGUGGACAGCUACUUCUUCAAGGAGCAGUGCUUCGGCGUCAACGAGGCCGACGUCGUCGACCGCGUCGUCGAGCACGUCUCCUUCGUCGGCGGCACCUACGGCGGCGUCCAGAAGCCCACGCCCUUCCUGUGCCUCGCCUUCAAGCUGCUGCAGCUGGCGCCCGGCGACGACGUCCUCGCCGAGUACCUCGAGUACGGCGGCGACAAGUUCAAGUACCUGCGCGCGCUGGCGGCGUUCUACAUCAGGCUGACGAGGCAGGCUAAGGAGGUGUACACGAUGCUGGAGCCGUACCUGGAGGACAGGCGGAAGCUAAGGCGCAAGGGCAGGGCGGGCACAAGUCUGACCUACGUGGAUGAGUUUAUUGAUGAUCUGCUGAUCAAGGAUCGAGUGUGUGGUACCAGUCUCUGGAAGAUGCCAAAGCGAGAUCUGCUUGAAGACCUGGAGGUCCUGGAGCCGAGGAUAAGUCCGCUUGGUGACAUUGAAGACCUGUUGGAGAGCGAUGAUGAAAUGGAGAACGGAAGGCAAGACAGUGACGACUCUAGGGCGGGAUCAGAUGAGGGUGCCCAUAGGAGAGAGGAAAUGGAUGUUGACGAGGAUGAGACACCGCCACCUCGAGAAAGGAGUCCCUGA